AUGAACACGGUUGAAGGCACGGCAUGUGCUUUAUUCCAAAAUCUUCAUUCAGCACAAUAUCAGGUGGGAAUAGAUACGCUUUUCUACAAAACGGAUACAUAUGUAAAUUUUCAGGGUAUAAAACUAAUCCCACCGGGAUGUCAUCUUAUCCACAUAACAGAUACUAUAAACAGCUCUCGAGUUGGCAGAUUUGUGAAUGCAAAAUCCGGAACGGUGAUUCUCAUAAGCCUGGAACACUCCAAGGAUGCAAUUGAUAGUAUAUUCAUCAAAAUCGAGACGGUAGAACUUCAAAAUGGAGUCCAGUAUGGCAUUACCGAAGAGAUGUACGUCUCAAAAAUGGCUAACUAUCAGAGCGGUAUCGAAGAAUUUGGAAUAGACCCUAAAAGCAUCAUGGAUGGAUUUGAUUAUCGUAAAUAUCUAAGUAAUGAUACAGGAAAUGUGACUUCGGAAGAUGCUACAACAUUGGAGAUCCGAAAAUUAGAUGAGGCAAUCAUGAAACGACGAAAUACAAACGAAAGAGAUCGUAAAUACAUGGAUGAUCUAACGACUGGCUUAAAGAGAUUGAACGAGAAUACAUUGAAAAUGAGCGUAAUUGACAUCAGUGAUAAAAAAACAUUAGUCAAGGCAGAAAGUAAAAAUAAAAUGGAGGAUUACCUCGACAGAACAUGGAUAAUAGAAAAGGAGUUUAACCAGGGAGUGACCUGUGACUUUAUGCAGCGUUAUUUGGCGGAGUUCAAAUUCAGCUUUAUUCUAGCAGCGAUAUUAAACAACCAGGGGGCUUAUCAGCAGUGGAAAACACUAUUGGAUCUUUUUCUUCGAAGUGGGCGGCUCUUAAAGCAGCAAAAAAGCGAGAGCUAUGAGUUUCUAAAGAAUGUUAACAUGCAACUUAAGAUAUUGCGCCGCCUCAGAAAGAAAGACGACUAUCAAGAGGAUGCGGAUGAUACUUUCAAUGUUGACUUAUCCGAACUUCAGGAGAGCUUUAUGGAGUGCCUUUUAACUGUGGAUGAGCUUGAGGACACCAAAUUUCAAUUUUUAUUUGGCAGCAUCGUCCAAAUUCUCAAUAGUAGUUUCGGUAUGGAGAUUUGUGACCGGUUGGACAUGAGCGAAUGA